GCAAAAAGUCAGGGCGGCCAGGGACCCAAAUUUGAUUUUUUGAAUGAGGAGACUAGAAACAGGAGGUCGGGUUGCACACCACCUUCAACUUCAUUUUCCCACGUAAAUUCUUCCUCCGUUUAGUCUUCAACCUCCUAAUUUGGCAGACUGGCACUCUCUCUGCCAUCCCAACCAUCCCAUUAAUCCAAUUCAUCGUUUUUUCUUCCUGCAACCCGACAUUCUCUAUUUUCUAACGAGAUACCGGUACACGCAGAGUCCGUCCCUCGACCCGUUUACUUCUUUCGCUCGCUUCAUUUGCAAUACUGUUUGAACGCUCUGCGACCUUUGUAAUUGACACGCGACAAAAAGUCAUCUUUUCGACUAAAUAUCGCACUUUCUCCGCAUCGUAUCUUUUAGGUCCUGACAUCUCUUGACGUAUUUACUAUGGCUGCAAAUGGUACGAUAGCAUCGCCUGUGCCGAGCGAGGGCAAGCAAAUUCUAUCUCAACCAUCCUCUCCGCCGAGUUCUGACUUUAAAUCAACAGCCCCAUCUGCUGCCCCGACGUCGGGCCUAAUCAUCAAUGACAAUAAAAACAUUGUUCGAAGGAAGUUGACCGGCUACGUCGGUUUUGCGAACUUGCCAAACCAAUGGCAUCGCAAGAGUGUCCGAAAGGGCUUCAACUUCAAUGUUAUGGUUGUUGGUGAGUCCGGCUUGGGUAAAUCUACUCUCGUCAACACUCUGUUCAAUACGUCUCUGUACCCACCCAAGGACCGAAAGGGACCUAGCCUUGACAUAAUACCCAAGACUGUCUCUAUCCAAUCCAUCAGUGCGGACAUUGAGGAGGCUGGUGUUCGUCUACGCUUGACUGUUGUCGAUACUCCCGGCUUUGGAGAUUUCGUGAACAACGAUGAGUCGUGGAGACCCAUUGUUGACAACAUCGAGCAACGCUAUGACGCCUAUCUAGAUGCCGAGAACAAGGUCAACCGAAUGAAUAUUGUAGACAAUCGUAUCCACGCUUGUGUCUUCUUCAUUCAACCUACCGGUCAUUCCUUGAAACCUCUUGAUAUCGAGGUUAUGCGUCGUCUGCAUACCAAGGUCAAUCUUAUCCCCGUCAUUGCUAAAUCGGAUACUCUUACCGAUGACGAGAUUGCCGGCUUUAAAUCUAGAAUCCUCGCAGACAUCAAGCAUCACGGAAUUCAGAUCUUUGAGGGACCUCGAUAUGAGCUGGACGACGAAGAGACGAUCGCAGAGAACAAUGAGAUCAUGUCGAAGGUUCCUUUCGCUGUUGUGGGUGCCAAUAACGAGAUCACCAAUGCCGAUGGACGCAAGGUUCGCGGCCGUCGAUACCCAUGGGGUGUUAUUGAAGUCGACAACGAGGAGCACUGUGAUUUCGUCAAGUUGCGCCAGAUGCUCAUCCGAACUCACAUGGAGGAGCUCAAGGAACACACCAACAAUGUUCUUUACGAGAACUACCGAACAGACAAGCUCACCGCAAUGGGUGUUGCUCAAGAUCCUAGCGUCUUCAAGGAGGUCAACCCUGCCGUCAAGCAAGAAGAGGAGCGUGCUCUACAUGAGCAGAAGCUUGCCAAGAUGGAGGCCGAAAUGAAGAUGGUAUUCCAGCAGAAGGUAGCUGAAAAGGAGAGUAAACUGAAACAGAGCGAAGAAGAACUGUAUGCCCGUCAUAGAGAGAUGAAGGAGCAGCUAGAACGGCAGCGGCUAGAACUCGAGGAGAAGAAGUCCAGAAUUGAAUCCGGAAGACCCAUAGAAAAGGAGGGCAAGCGAAAGGGUUUCUCCUUACGGAACUAACCUUUAACGACAACUC